AUGUCAAUUUUCAGAAUCGUACCAUCAAAUAUCAAAGACUUGUGCUUAAUCAUCUCAAGCUUGUCUCUGUUCUAUCUCCUCUCGCAUCCGCUCACCACCCCAAUCCCUACCACCCCCACCGCCAUCUCCGUCGUAACACCUCCUCCCACCACCAUCCGCCACAUCCUCUUUUCCAUCGCAUCUUCUCACAAAUCAUACAAUAAUCGAAAACCCUACCUUCGUCUCUGGUAUAAACCUAAUUCUACAAACGCAAUCGUCUUUCUAGACCGCCCGGUAACCGAUUCCAACUCCGAUUCCGAUCUACCUCCUGUAAUUAUCUCCGCCGACACGUCACGGUUCCCCUACACCUUCCCGCGCGGACUCCGGUCGGCAAUUCGUGUCGCGCGGAUCGUAAAAGAAGCGGUGGAAUCGAAUGAAUCGGAGGAUAUUCGGUGGUACGUGUUUGGGGACGACGAUACGGUGUUUUUCACGGAGAAUUUAAUUAGGGUUCUGGCGAAAUACGAUCAUGAACGGUGGUUUUACAUCGGAAGUAUGUCGGAAAGCUACGAACAGAACUUCCAGCAUUCGUUUAAUAUGGCGUUCGGCGGCGGUGGAUUCGCGAUCAGCCGAUCGUUGGGUAGGGUUUUGGCGAGGGUUUUGGAUUCGUGUUUGAUGAGGUAUCCCCAUGUGUACGGAAGUGAUUCUAGGGUUUAUUCAUGCUUGGUGGAGCUUGGUGUUGAGUUAACCCAUGAACCAGGGUUUCAUCAGGUGGACAUUCGAGGCAACAUGUUCGGGAUCCUUGCGGCACAUCCAUUAUCACCAUUAUUAUCCCUCCACCACCUCGACCUCGUAGAUCCCAUCUUUCCCGGUUUGACCAAGCUCGAAGCGGUCAAACGCCUUUUCGAACCUGUAAAACAUGAUCCCGCCCGGAUCCUUCAACAAACUGUGUGCUAUGAUCCUUCCAACUCAAUCACGGUAUCGGUUUCUUGGGGCUAUGUGGUUCAAGUGUUUGAAGGGAAUCAAUUCCUUCCGGAUUUGAUUCAAAUCCAAAAGACAUUUCGAUCAUGGAGGAGAAAAGAAAAUGCUUAUUCGAGCCUUCAUAUGUUUAAUACACGAGAUUAUAAAGAUGUGUGUAAAGGUCCGGAUACGUUUUUCUUGGAAGGUGUUGUUUAUGAUACGGAUAAGUUUCAUAGUUUGUAUAAAAGAAAUGUGUCGGUGAAUUGCUCGAGAAGUAAUGCGAUACGGGAUUUGAUCGAUAUCAAGGUUUUCUCGAGAAAACUCGAGGAAGAGAACCAAGAGGUGACCACACCCCGUCGUCAAUGUUGUGAAAUCUUACCACCUUACAACGAAACCAUGGUUAUUGCUUUGCGGCGAUGUGAAAAAGAUGAAUUAAUUGCGAUGCAUAAAUAAGGUCCUUUUAUUAUAUCAUGGGACUUAAUGGCAAGGCAUCCUCUCAAUUGCCUACUUCAAAAUACAAGUGGGACAAAAAGACGUGAAUGUCCUUCUCAUUCAGGGUCACUAUGAAUGCACUUUUAGAGGCCUUGAUUACGAAAAAUGAGCAUUCGAGCUCUUGUUGUAAUACAAAAGCAGAGUGGAUUUCAGUAUAGGUUAGUUAUCAAAAUUCCAUAUAUAAUAAUGUAUACAAGGCUAUUGGUUGAUUUAUUAGGAUAUUGUAACAUUAGCUAAUGUGAAACAAAAAGCUGUAUUAGGUAAAAGUUUUGGUCAAAUACAGAAUUACAGCAGAUUAGCGUAUUAGGUGUCUGUAUUUUAUUG